CUGCCGGCCCCGCCCCGCAGUGCCAGCGAGCAGCCGGGACGGGCGGCGGCCGCAGCGAUCCCGAGAACCCGCGAUCUUUGCAAUGAGUUACCCGGGCUAUCCCCCAGUGGGUGGAUAUCCACCAGCAGCCCCAGGUAGCAGUCCUUGGGGUGGUGCUGCCUAUCCACCUUCAAAUCCACCUCCAAUUGGUCUGGAAAACGUGUCUGGCUAUGCCAACCAGUUCAAUCCCAACCAGAUGGCUGGAAUGGCAUCCAACCUGGCAGGGACCUUUGGAGGAAACGCACCACAGGGCAUGUAUCCUUCAGCACCUGGAGGUUAUCCACCAGUCCCUCCAGGUGGCUUUGGGCAACCUCCACCAGGGCAGCAGCCCUCCUACGGGGGGUAUCCCCCAUCAGGAAUGCCAGCCUACCCAGGAUACCCAGGCCAGCCCACGCCACCCCCUGGUCAGCAGCCUGGGAGCUACCCAGGACAGCCACCAGCAGCUUACCCAGGGCAGCAGCCCGUGCCAAAUUAUCCACCAGGUCCAGCUGUGAAUCCAUCUAUGCCCUCUUACUCAGGAUCUACAGGGCCUGCAGUCUCUCCUGUAACACAUGGAAACCGAGGCACAAUCACUGAUGCACCAGGUUUUGACCCUCUGAAGGAUGCAGAAGUCUUAAGGAAGGCCAUGAAGGGAUUAGGAACCGACGAGCAAGCCAUUAUUGACUGUCUUGGAAGUCGUUCGAACAAGCAACGGCAGCAGAUAAUGCUGUCCUUCAAAACAGCUUAUGGAAAGGAUUUGAUCAAGGAUCUCAAGUCUGAGCUAUCAGGUAACUUUGAGAGGACAAUCUUGGCAAUGAUGAAGACACCUGUGAUGUUUGAUGCUUAUGAAAUCAAGGAAGCUAUAAAGGGUGUUGGCACAGAUGAAAAUUGUCUCAUUGAAAUCUUAGCUUCUCGCAGUAAUGAGCAUAUUCAGGAACUCAACAGGGUCUAUAAAGCAGAAUUUAAGAAAACCCUGGAGGAAGCAAUAAAAAGUGACACAUCUGGACACUUCCAGAGGCUUUUAGUUUCACUUGCUCAGGGAAACAGAGAUGAGAGUACAACUGUUGACAUGUCUCUUGUCCAGAGAGAUGUGCAGGAGCUGUAUGCAGCUGGGGAGAACCGUCUAGGAACUGAUGAAUCCAAGUUCAAUGCCAUUCUGUGUGCAAGAAGCAGGGCCCACCUCAGAGCAGUCUUCGAUGAGUACCAGAGGAUGUGCAACCGGGACAUUGAGAAAAGCAUAUGUCGUGAAAUGUCUGGAGACCUGGAAAAGGGCAUGCUGGCUGUAGUUAAGUGUCUCAAGAACACACCAGCUUUUUUUGCAGAGAGAUUACAGAAAGCUAUGAAGGGAGCAGGAACAAAAGACAGGACUCUGAUCCGAAUCAUGGUGUCACGCAGCGAGGUUGACCUGCUGGACAUACGUGCAGAAUACAAGCGGAUGUACGGCAGAUCCCUCUACUCAGAUAUCACUGGUGAUACUUCAGGAGACUACCGGAAAAUCCUACUCAAGUUGUGCGGUGGAAAUGACUAAAUGGAAAAUUGAGCUUUUCUUUAAAAAGCUACUCUUUUCAUGUUUUUGCUGUAAAGCAUCUUUGUUUCUUCAAAAGUAAAUAUGUAAUUACCUGUUUCUUCUAAAGCAAUUGCAUUUUAAAAGAUAAUAUUGCAUAUAUCUUCAGUUCAAAAAUAGUAGGUAAUAAAUGCCAAAACCGCCCAAAAUACCAAGCUUAUGUGCCAUCUGCUCAGGAUUCUGUAUAGCACUCUCAGCAAUCCAUGAAUGACAGGUCAUUAUUUCUUUUCUGCUUAUAUCAUGCUGAAAUAAUGUUUGUUUUAUAAAACAAAAAUCACAGUUGUAUGAUUUAAGGUGUUGUUUUGUAUAAACAUUGCAUGCCAUUUGAAUGCAAGUUUUAUAUAUAUGGUAUGCAGAGUUGGUUUCAGGCUGUCUGACUCCCUGAUAUGUGGAGAUAGCAGCUUGAGUUUCUGUGUCUAAUUAAGACACAAAAGAAGUUUUAAAGAAGUUUUGUCAAGUUCUGUUUUCUUUCCUUGAUUCUUUUCAAGGAAGAUAGGUUCCACAUUUCAUUCUUGUGAAGGCAGCCUGUCACGAGGCAGUAGUAGUGUUUACAGCAGUAAGGAUUCCAUGGUUAAUGUUUAAAGGUUUUGCAUUGUGCCUUAAGUAUAUGUAUGUAAGAAGAGAUUAUGAAAUUAAAGCUGUCUAAAUCUUUGCAGAUUA